AUGGCCGUAGCCUGGGCGAAUAAUAGUAAGGUCAAAAACCAGUUCAAGGCACAAACCCCGAAAACUCGGGAUUUCGAUACUCUUUUCGGCCUUCAUCGGUGGUCCGCAGCCCUCGAAACGAGGCGAGUCGAGGCGACGCCAGUGAUUCAUCCUGUGCUCUUAGCGACCGCACCUGGCUCCCCACCCGCCACCCUAAAGCGGCUCACCGUCGAGUAUCUCGCGCCAUCUGCCCAACCACGAGGCCCCUCCAAGGCUGCCAACCCAAUUUGCAUCUUUCGGAAUACCGACUGA